GACUCACGCGAUGUGCAAGUAAGCACAACUUUCAACGCAACCGAGUGUACUUUCACAACGUCUGAUUGAAUGCGCGAAAAGGAUGCUGACAGCACUCUGUUUUGUUGAAUGCCUCUCACGUCUCACUACCGAUGUUCCACCACUAACGCACCGCAUCUGCUAUAACCUACCGAGCUCUCGGCUCCCCAUUCUUAGUCCUGAGGCACGAUGAAGCUUCGGGCAAGCUCAACUUUAUUUUGGGCGCGCCGCUGUCUUGACUCUUCACUUUGGUAGCGUCGCAGGUGCUACUUCUCUCCGUUCUCCUUUUCUUCUCCAGUACUCUUCGUCCUACAAUUGCAAUCAUGAGCACAGAAACGAUCCUCAUCCUAGGCGCAUCUUUCGCCGGUAUCAGCGCUGCACACUACGCGCUCAAGCACACUAUCCCACAGCUCCCCAAGAAAGCCGAUGUAACAUACAAUGUCACCCUCGUCAAUCCCUCCAAGGACUUGUACUGGCGCUUUGCGGCCCCGAGAGCGCUGGUGAGCAAGAAGAUGAUGCCUUACGAUGAUGUCUUCUAUCCUAUCGAACCAGCCUUUACAUACGCAUUCCCGAAGUUCAAGUUCAUCCAGGGUACAGCUACACACGUCGAUGCCGCGGGACAGAGUGUGAGCAUCACAAACGUGGAUGGCGAAACGCAGACAGUUCCCUACGCAGCACUCAUCAUUGCAACGGGCUUCACGACACCGAGUCCGCUGUUCACGCAGGCCACUGAUCGCGCAGCAUUGGAGGCUGUAUACGAUUCGUUCCAGAAAGGCCUCCAGACUGCGAAGACAGUGGUCAUCGGCGGCGGUGGACCUGUGGGCGUCGAGACAGCAGGCGAAAUCGCUGAGAUACUGAAUGGGCGACCAGGCUUCAUGGCUGCUGGGCCAAAGAACCCCAAAGCCGAAGUCACGCUCAUUUGCGCGGACAAGAAACUUCUCCCCGUACUGCGCGAGAGUAUUGGAAAAACGGCAGAGGGCUUUUUGAAGAAACUCGGCUGCAGCGUCAAGUACAACAUACGCGUCGUCACCGCCACCAAGAUCUCAGAGGAGCCCAACGCAAAGACCCGCGUCGAGCUGUCCAACGGCGAGACGAUCGAAACAGACAUCUACAUCGACGCCACCGGCUCGCGCCCAAACACAUCCUUCCUGCCUAAAGAAUGGCUCGACAACCGCAACAAGCUCGCCUGCAACCCACAAACCCUGCGCGUCGAGCACGAAUCCGCCGGCCCGCGCGUCUACGCCCUCGGCGACGUCGGUAGUUACACGCGCGGCGGCGUCAUGGAUCUCUCGCUUGCGGUGCCCGUCGUCAUGACGAACCUCAAGCAGGAUCUGCUGCGUCACCUGGAUGGCACCGUGUUCGCGGGCGACCGGCACUACGUAGCCAACACCAAGGAGCAGCAGAUCUGCCCCAUUGGCACGCAGAAGGGCGUCGGCGCGUUCAAUGGGUUCAAGGUGCCCAGCCAGAUGGUGUGGAUGAUCAAGGGCAGGGAUUAUCUGAUCUCGCAGUUGGCGCAGGGCACGCUCAGGGGCGAUCAGUGGAAGAAGGAGACGAAGUGGACGCCGGUGCAGCAACUUGGGAAGGCGGGGUUGAGCCAAGGGUGAGGGCGUGAGGUGUGCGUUGCGUUUGGAUACCCUUGAGAUGUAAAAAGCGUA